AUGAGCCGGUGGUUCAUCCUAGUCUCGCUCGUCUUGAGCAUCUACUUUGCGGUCGGAAUCUCCGCACAGAACCACCCGACAGGGUCUCCAGCGCUGGUCCGGCAGCGAGGUUACUAUGCUGACGAGUUGGCCGUACGGGAUAUCACCAGAUACCUCGACAGUUAUGAGCUCCGGGCGCUGCGGAUAUAUGCAGAAAGGCUCGUCGAGGCUCGUGACAACAAGGUCCACUAUGCCAAUGCCUAUAGCACAAAAGGGAACAAGAAGCCAGCCUCCAACUACCAGAGAGAGAAGCGCCGUCAAGAAAACAAGAAAGCUGGAGCCAACGGCCUGAAACUGUGA